AGACUGCCCAAGAUGAACGGAUUGAUUCUAGUAGCCACGUCACUCUUAGCUUUAUCGCAAGCUGCAACAGUGGUACCAACAGAUUCUUCUACGAUAAAUAUUCAACAGUCAGGAAAAGACUUUUCAUAUAGCAUACAACAAAGUCCAGGUGCAGAUGCUGUAGACACACCUCAUGCGAUCCACCAAGUGCCAGCCCAAAUUGCUUCCAUUGACAGCAGUACUCAGGCCCAGAUGGGAUCCAAUCAAGAUCAAAUUCAACAGCAGCACCAAAUACAGAAAAGAUUGUCGGAGAAAAUUCAAACUGAAAUUAAUAAACAAGAAAAGGUGAAGGUUAUAGAUUACACAGUUCCUAUACCCGAAAAUCAGUUGCAGCCUCUACCAUCUAAUAACGUCGUUUACAUAUUGCCUUAUACUUUUGGAUUACACUACCCUCAGCAAUUUAUAAGAUACAUUUGA